AUGCCUCACUUUGCAAACACUCUUUUAAGAAACAUCAUUACCAGAAAUUCAUUUGAUAACAUCAGGAGGAAACAAUGUCUCCAAUACUUGAAAACCCUGAGAACGCUGCAGUAUGAUGGAUUUAAGACCGUAUAUUUUGGAGAAACCGAUAUCGCUGAAAGUCUCAUAACUGGAGAAGACCUAAGUGAUGGGUAUUUCGUGCAAACUCCAACAUGGUGUAUCGUGCAUGCCGGUGGUAGACACGGAUGGGUGCCUUGGAAGUAUCAGAUGUUCCUAAGAGAUGAGUUAUGCAUCAAACAGGAAGAUAGCCUCUUCUUUGAGUUCUGUGAUGUGGUGAAGAAGACCUAUGGGAAGUGUGCCAUUGUGGUCAAAGAGAGAAGGCAGCAGGACAAGAUGAGGCCAAAAGAAGAUGAAGAGCCAGAGGUCCAGGUCCAUGCUCCAUCUGUCAUUAACUUAACGAGCAUUGUGUGUUGCCCUGAGGUGGCCAAGUCCUAUGGCCAUGAACUACUCUCUCUGCCUUCCCCUUACAAUUACCUAAACCCUUUAGACUCAGCCUGGUCUUCUCUGAAAUGGUUUAUCAUCAAUAACAGAAAGGAGUUUUGUUUUCACUACAUUGACAGUGUCUAUUCUUACCAGUAUAUACUUCUCAGCGAUUUAAUUAGCAAAGGGAUUGAAAGGAUAAACCUAAGCAAAUGGAAAACAAUAACCAACAAAGUACGGAGAUGGGAAAACUACUAUCUUGGUACAUUUUCUUAA